AUGGAACAUUAUACAUCAGAUUCAUGGAUUGAUAUUCAAUCAGAAGAAAAACAAACUAUAACACCACCAACAAUGAUAAGUUCAUUUGCUGACAGAGAUCUUUUAUCAAGUAUGCAUAUUAAUGAAAGAUUAUUAUUAGAAGCACAAAAAGAAUCAUCACGUGUUAGCUCAAAAAGUUCACAUAGUGAUAGUUCAUCACCAAAAAGUCCAAAGAGUCCUUUACAAACAGAUCAAAGUGUUGCAGAUUGGAUGUCACAUUGGUCAUCACGUAUUGAAUCGGAACCACCAAAAGAAUGGAAAUUUGUUCAUCCAAUAAAUCGUAGUGUACGUGAUCAAUUACUUUAUGAAGAUGAAGAAGAAAAAGCAGCUCAAGAAGCUGAAAAAGCAUUAAUUGAAAAAAAACAUAUGCGUUUUGUUCUUUUAAGUAAUUGUGCCAGUUUUAUUCUUGGCAUGGGAAUAAUGUACUUAUGUUUACGUCGUUAUCUUCGUAUGAAAACACCAUACUUUUAUACAUUAGAUUAA